GUUUGUUUUGUUUUUGUGUGCGGGGGGGCGCUGGAGCCACAUAUUGUGCGGAGUGUAAACAUAGAGGAGAUGGGAAUGAUUUUCACCUGGUAGUCGCGUCUUUCAGCGUAGAUGCGGACGUGUGCAGAACUAGAAGGGUUUAAUGCGCCGCUCUGACCCGCGGAUUAAUCUACCUUUGCCGUCUUAACUUGUAAAGCAGUUAGCACGCGCCUCCCUUGACAGGGGAAGGGGGGGGGGUCAUUGUACCGUCACCCUCUCAAAUUUCGUGUUUCUGUCUUCAUAGUCGCUCCCCGGACGCUGUUUUGAUGCCGUACGAACUCAGAAGUCGUCCGUAGAGAGUUAGGACACCGAGCAGAGUGUUUAUUUUUGUCGAAUAGCUGCUGUUGCUGCUCUUUGUCUCCGCGGAGGUGGCCCAGUUUAGCUAAACAUCUAAUUUUAACCGCUUCUUAAUGGAGUUCUUUCUUUGUUAGCUAAUACGGGAUCUAAUAAGCUUAGUCCUCGGGUCACAAAGACGGCCGUCGGGCGAAAAAUGGUGUUAAGGAGCUACUGGAAAUGUCGGCUUAAAGGCAGCUGUUCUCCUGGCUGGAUGCGACCAGGGCUGGUGGCUGUGUUCUGGUUCGGGGUGAUCCAGCUGGUCUGCGGCGCUGGGGCGGUGGGAGAAGUUAAAUCCGUGGUCCAAAAGGAGGCAGAGUUUGACAUGACUUAUAAUGACACGGUUACAAGUGUAAACCAGACUAUCUAUUCCUUCAACCACACCAUCUCCAGGAAUAAGACAGAGGGGGUUCGUGUGACCGUGGAUGUGAUGCAGCAGCAUCUGGAGAGUCCGAUUCUGUUUGUUGUUCGGCAGAAACAAGCCGUGAUGUCUUUCCAGCUCCCCCUCAUCCUGAGAGGCCUAUAUCAGAGGAAGUAUCCCUACAAACACGUGGGCCGAACUUUAUGUCAGCCUCCAACACUGGCUGCGUCAGAGACUCAGUAUUUUUUCGUCGACGUGUCCACCCUCUCCAGCCAGGGGACAAACUACCAGCUCAGAGUGAGCCGUGUGGAGAGUUUCACCCUGCAGACAGACAAGAAAUUCAGCUUCACAGCAUCACCUUCUCAACCUCAGUUUUUUAAAUAUGUCUUUCCGGAGGGGGUGGAUACCGUCAUCGUCAAAGUCAACUCAGACGUGAACUUCCCCUGCUCCGUCAUGUCUGUUCAGGACAUCCAGUGCCCCGUCUAUGACCUUGACAACAACGUGGCCUUUAUUGGGAUGUACCAGACUAUGACCAAGAAGGGCGCCAUCACUGUGCAGAAGAAGGAUUUCCCUAGCAACAGUUUCUACGUGGUGGUGGUGGUAAAAACUGAGGACGAGGCUUGUGGCGGCCCGCUGCGCUUCUACCCUCUGCGCCCAGAUGAGCUGAUUGACGCUGGAAACCGCACCAAGGACCUCGACGUGGUCGUCUCACCUGCAAUUGAUUCUGAGAAGUACUGGAUGGGGGUGUUGUUUUGUAGCGGGAUCUUCCUCUCGUUCUAUGUGUUGACGCUGCUGGUCACCUGCGUGGAAAACAAGCGAAUGAAAAUGAAAGAGAAGUUUGAGAACAAACCAGACAUGUCGCCUGCUGAGACGGCCUCCCUUCUUUGGAAGAACGGCGAUGGAAAGAUUCCAGCCUUUCCGUACGAGUAUGGCUCCUUUGCGGACAACGGCAGCACGCUGAGCUCCGAGGCCAUCACUGACAGCGCCACAUCAACCGACAACAACUACGGAUACCUGGGAAAGGAGCCUUUCAAACGCCGACCGUUCCUCGGUCACCAUCACGGCGUAGCCGUCCGCAUCGAGCGAUCACUGGACAGCAUUGCACGGAGCAGGCAGGAGUCGUUAAGCUCUGUGGAGGAGGAUGACUACGACACGCUGGACGACAUCGACUCCGACAAAAACAUCGUCCGCACAAAGAAGUACCUGUGUGUGGCUGACCUGGCUCGCAAAGACAAGAGGGUUCUCAGCAAGAAGUACCAAAUCUACUUCUGGAACAUCGCCACCAUAGCUGUGUUCUACGCGCUCCCUGUCAUCCAGCUGGUCAUCACCUAUCAGACGGUCGUCAACGUGACAGGAAAUCAAGACAUCUGCUACUAUAACUUCCUGUGCGCCCACCCCCUGGGUGCUCUGAGUGCGUUCAACAAUAUCCUCAGUAACCUUGGCUACGUGUUGCUGGGGCUCCUGUUCCUCUUCAUCGUCCUAAAGAGAGACGUCGCACACAAACGGGCGCUGGAUCGCAACAACCUCAACGCGCUGGAGUGCGGCAUUCCGAAGCAUUUCGGGGUUUACUACGCCAUGGGAACCGCGCUGAUGAUGGAGGGCUUGCUCAGUGCGUGCUACCAUGUCUGUCCAAACUACACCAACUUCCAGUUUGACACCUCCUUCAUGUACAUGAUCGCAGGGCUGUGCAUGUUGAAGCUGUAUCAGAAGAGACACCCCGACAUCAACGCCAGUGCCUACACCGCCUACGCCUGCUUGGCGGCGGUCAUCUUUUUCUCCGUCCUGGGGGUGGUUUUUGGGAAAGGAAACAUGGUGUUCUGGAUCGUUUUCUCUGUCAUCCACAUCCUGGCCACCCUGUUCCUCAGCACACAGCUCUACUACAUGGGCCGAUGGCGGCUCGACUCUGGUGUCCUGCGCCGCAUCGUUUAUGUGCUCUACACUGACUGCAUCAGACAGUGCAGUGGACCCAUGUACAUCGACCGUAUGGUGCUGCUUGUAAUGGGUAAUAUAGUCAACUGGUCUCUCGCCGCCUACGGGCUCAUAGAGAGACCCAACGACUUCGCCUCCUACCUGCUGGCCAUCGCCAUCUGCAACCUGCUGCUUUACUUUGCCUUCUACAUCAUCAUGAAGCUGCGGAGCGGCGAGAGAAUCAAAUGUCUGCCGUUGGUGUGUAUUCUCUUCACGGCGGUGGUCUGGGGGUUUGCGCUCUACUUCUUCUUCCAGGGACUCAGCACCUGGCAGAAAACUCCAGCUGAGUCUCGAGAGCAUAACCGAGACUGCAUCCUGUUGUCUUUCUUUGACGACCACGACAUCUGGCACUUCCUGUCCUCCAUCGCCAUGUUCGGGUCCUUCCUGGUCCUGCUGACCAUGGACGACGACCUCGACACUAUUCAGAGAGACAAGAUCUACGUCUUCUAAACCCGUUGGGUUUUCUUUGAGGAGCUCGGCUCAUCCUCUCUGCCUUAUCACCUGUUUCCUCUGUAGAAGCACAGCCAGUAGCCUGUUCAGCUAGCAGGCCUCUGCCUCUCAGAGCCACCCCCUCGCCCCCACCUGGGAGGACACACAUGUGCCAUUUCAGAGCUGAAUCGUCGAUCGAUGCUGAAGUGUUUCAUCCUCCUUCCGCCAUCGUGGAUGUUACUGUUGCUCUCCAUGUUUAAGUCCUGCUGCUGCUGAUGAUGAAGACAACAAUGCAAACACUGAACUCUUGUCUCCAUUCUUUUUCUACGGUUCUGAAUAUGGAUGAGCCUGCAGGAAAAGAUGCGUUUUGGAUGCUGUGAUGCCGGCGAAUGCGUUUACAAACGUUUGUAACCCAUCCAAUCUGCCAGUGGCCUUCUGUGUUCUAAUCAUGUCAGUCAUACUGCUCUCUGAUUGGUCAGCUCCUCUAACUAUCCAUCCCUGAUGAUUGUAUUUAAUAUCUGACUGCCCUCGUGUGCGACUGAGGAGCUGGUUUGUUUUUUUGCACUGUUCUGUAUGAAAACUAGAUCCUACCGUCCGACUUUAAGGAGUGGGUACUAAAUAAACGGUUGUUUUUCAGAAA